CAAACAAGAAAUCUUAUAUUUACAUGAUAAAACUAAUCACAAACUACUAGACCAACUUCUAAGGUAGAAACGCUCUACCUUAGAGGGAGGGAGAGGCCCUGGAUGGAGCAGACAGCCACACCAUGAACCCUCCCAGAGACUUUGGACAGAGAGAGGCACUCCACACACCCCACUCUCCCUCUGCCGUCUCUCACCCCCUCCUUUGUCCACACAGGUCAGCCCAAGGCCACCCCCUCGGUCACUCUGUUCCCGCCAUCCUCUGAGGAGCUCCAAGCCAACAAGGCCACACUGCUGUGUCUCAUGAGUGACUUCUAUCCAGGAAUCUUGACGGUGACCUGGAAGGCAGAUGGUACCCCCAUCACCCAGGGCGUGGAGAUGACCACGCCCUCCAAACAGAGCAACAACAAGGACGCGGCCAGCAGCUACCUGAGCCUGAUGCCCGAGCAGUGGAGGUCCCGCAGAAGCUACAGCUGCCAGGUCACGCAUGAAGGGAGCACCGUGGAGAAGACAGUGGACCCUGCAGAAUGUAUAAGAAAGGAAUGCAGAGAGGCUGGUUGGUGCGGGAAGUCAGGGACCCCAAACAGAGGGACCGGCUGAAACCGCGGCAGAAGAACAUAAAUUGCG